AUGGCAGCACCACCUACGCCACAAAAGGGAGCUUCACAAACACGACCACCACUGUUCAAUGGCAAAUACUAUGGAUGGUGGAAAAAUCGUAUGAUGGACCAUCUUAUUGGCGAAAACCCUGAUCUAUGGGAAGUAAUUCUAGAUGGACCAACUAUACCUAUGAAAACUGCAACUGAUGGAAUCACCAAAAUCCCAAAGGAAAGAAAAGAAUGGAAUGUUGAAGACAAGCUCGCAAUCCAGAACAAUGCUAAAGCAAAAAAGAUCUUGAUAUGCGGAAUAGGUCCAGAUGAAUACAAUCGAAUAUCAUCAUGUCAAGAUGCAAAAGCAAUAUGGGAAACUCUGCAAACUGCGCAUGAAGGAACAACUCAGGUAAAGAAUUCUAAAAUUGAUAACUUGAACAGACAAUACGAACUGUUUCGAAUGGCAGAAGCUGAAACAAUCCAAGAGAUGCACACCAGGUUCACUGCUAUCAUUAAUGAAAUCUACUCACUAGGUGAAAUAAUUCCCAAUGGAAAGGCAGUAAGGAAACUCUUGAGUGUCCUUCCUGAAACUUGGGAAAGCAAAGUCGAGGAUAUCACUGAAGCCCGCGACCUAGAUUCACUGGCCAUGGAUGAGUUAAUUGAGCAGAAAAAGGCAAACUCUGAGAAGGGCAAAGACAUCAAGAAAGAUAAGUUUGUUCCCUCAAACAGAAGAAUGACAACUCAAGAGGCAGAUAUCUCAAUGAAAAGGGCCUUUGCAGCAAUGGGGAAUUCAUCUGAUGAAGAAUCUGAGGAUGAUGAGACAGAAAACAAGUCCCUUCUUACACUAGAACAAGAAGAUGAUUAUGACUUUCUUGCUCUUGUAGCAGUAGAAACCAAGGAAGAAAAGGAAACCUGCAAAUCACAAGAAACCAUACUAGCACUCAUGGCUGGAUCAGAUUAUGAAGAGGAUAAAGAAGAAGAAGAUAUGAAUGAAAAGGGAUCAGUUAGAAGGAAGCAACAACAAUGGUACUUGGAUAGUGCAUGUUCCAGACACAUGACUGGAGAUAAAAGAAGCUUCCUCUCACUCAAGAACAUCAAAGGAGGAAACGUUGCCUUUGGUAAUGGAAAAAGUGGGGAAAUUCAGGGAAUUGGAAAAGUUGGGUCAAUGGAUACUCAUGCAAUUGAGAACGUAUACUAUGUGAAUGGCCUACAACAUAAUGUAUUGAGCGUAUCUCAAAUAUGCGAUAAAGGAAACAAUGUUCUCUUUACAGAAAAGGAAUGCAGAGUAACAAACUCAGUGACUGGGAACCUGGUUCUACUAGGUUAG